AUGCUCGAGCCAAUGCUUUCAGAGAUCUCAAGUUCGACCAGCAACAACAGGGCGGUCCAAAUUGCCAAACGAUACUUUUCAAGGUACUCUCCUCAUAUCAUGGAAGCGUUGGACAUUGUUGCAGAUGCACAUCCUGCUGUAAAAGUUGUGGUCAUCGCCUUUCGGGCAGUUUUCAAUCUUGUGAAAAGACUGCAUGAAAAUCUCGACAAAAUCACAAUCUUAUUUGGUGCCAUGCAGGAUAUGAUGAUCUCAAUUCUGCGUCUCAAAUACGUCCGCGACCAACCUUUGACUAUCAACAGCGGCCACGCUGCAGCGAAUUCCAUCAAAGCCCGUAGCAAAGUUGCAGCCGACGACAUUUACAGAUGCUUUCAGGACUGCGACACGUACUUGCGAUUGACCUCGUUCGAGCGAGUGUUUCGCAGCUCAGCGUGGGAAUCCAAACUUGCUAAAUAUGUCGAUAUAUUUCAAGAGCACCGUGCAAAGUUCCAACACCUGCUACUCGUGUUCACCACAACUGAAGCUACCAGAAUAUCGGACAAAAUCGAUAGGCUCAUCGAUAAAGUCACAGAGGGGUUUAAGAAGCUCACAAGUCCAGAGCAAGUCCAGCUUCUAGACAAAAUCAAGGCACAUGGUGGUCCUGAGUCAUAUCAACAUGACGAUGGUGCACUGCGCGAUCUCAUUGAAGAUUGGAUCCAAAAUUCGCCAACCAAGGCAGACUAUCGAACUAGUUUCGAGGAUCUCAAGAAGGGCCUUUUCGAGGACAUCAAGGCCACUGUCGAGAGAAAUGCCAAUCACGUUGAAGCCAAACUAACACUUCAGCGCAAGCAACUCGAAAGGAUCGACGAACAGACAGCUUUGAUGGCCGCAGCACUCAAGGGACUAGGUGGCAAGAUAUUUGACCCAGACAUUCAAACCAUAUGGAACACUAUGCAAUGGAGAGGCAACAGUGUGAAGGCGACGGAAUUCAUUCUAGCUUUACGAGAUCAUUUUUUCGAUAAAUCUUUCUCUCAAGGCAAUCACUUCGCGGCCGAUAUGCGUGGACAUCCAGAUGCUUGGGCUGUCAACCACAUCAAUGUCAAAAGAUUACAGCCUAUAAUGGAGGCAUUUGAUGACGAUGCAUCGGGAUUGAUCACCAUAGCGGAAAUCAAUCGAUUCACUUCGUCUCCUACUCGUCCGCAGACUUGGAAAUUACCCCACUGGAUUGCUUUUUGGGCCGUUGGGUGGAAAAUGUCUUCGAGACAUUACAAGGACAAGAUCGUGAACAUCAUUGACGAUAUGACCCACAUCUUGCCAACUAUCCUUCCUGUGAACCGCCAAUCCGUCAAUAUGUAUCAACAAUCCCUUUGGGAAAUGGUCUAUCCUCUAAUCGCUGCUCCUGGACUCAACGAUUCCGACACAUUCGACGGAUGCAACCCAGAAGUGUUCAAGCAAUUUACUGACAGCGAAAAACAGAGACUUCAGGCCAAUUUAGCUGCCUUGCAGUACGUCAUAGACGGUCCUGAAAUGCUCCCACUGGUUACUGGGCAUGGGCGAAUAGAGAACACACUUUUCCCUCUGUUGUAUCUUGUCAUCGCGCACUAUCACCAGAUCAUCAAGUUAGCCAAUAAACAAGUUGUUUCUGACAAGGAAUUAGCCUGCGGUACAAGAAGUAUCACAGGUAUUAUGUCUGCAGUCAAACUUCGUGUCGACUUGCUGUGCGACAGCUGGCUGCUGCAGCAGGCAAUGGAUCCGAGGGAACGUUUCAGACAUUUUGCUUGUGGCAUUUUCCAGUGUAUCAAUGACAGCGCGAAGAUACCGGAAAUUAAAUUUAUCAAGGAUAUAUCGAGCACUAGAAGCCUAUUUUCCGGAAGUCAGGCGAAGGAUAAUUGGUCUGUCCCGCCAGACGAGCUAGCGCUUGCCCGGCAGCUGUACAGCAAUACCACAAUUUCUGGCGGCUCUAGCCCGCCUCAGGCAGGAUCAGACCUCGACGAUAUAUGCGGUAUCUGGCACUGUCUCGCAUAUGACAAACGUGGUAUGGCAUUUGACAUCAACGGUUCUAGUCGCGUAGGAAUCACUUCAAUGAUAACCAUACAACUGAGGCUCGGAACAGGUCCAGGAGAAAUCAAAGGUAGCGGGUGGACAAACCCCGGUUUCUUCCCGGUGCAUGCUUCCGCAGAAUGGGAUAGUGAGAGGAGGCACUUAGCCGUGAAUUUCAAGCUGUCUUUUCCCUCUCCGUGGAAAACAUCCUUCUUCACGGGACAAUUCAUCCCUGAUACUCAAACAAUAUCUGGGAUAUGGGGUUAUUCUCCUGAACUAUCCGAAUCAUCACCUUCUUUGGGAGGGUCUGCCGUCUACAAGCGGAUGGCUCCUGAAUCCUUUCGAUUCUAUCCUAGCCCGCACGAUCUGGUGACUCGUAGAGCGCGAGCUAGGUGGAUCUUCGCCACACAGGCUGUUUUGGAUGCCGUUCGAAGAGAAUCAUGGACCUGGUCGUACUUCAAAGGUCGUCGCGACAACCGACAAAGGUACAUCUCCCUCUACAUCGACUGGGAGACUUUUCGGAAACGGGAUAAUUUUGACGAGCUGGGCAAAUGCGCACGGGAGUUUAUUUCUACCGAUGCGUGCUUCUAUACCUUCAGAGCACGCUAUAUCCGAGACACAAUGUUUGUGCAUGUAAAUCACAAGUGCGACUGUUGUGGAGGGCGAAUCACCGAAGCUUGCACAAUUUGCUUAGAUUGCAAGACCAAGGAGUCAGAGCCCUUCAAUUAUAUCGCUCUCUGCCAGUCGAAGGCUUGCAUCAAUUCAUGUGUCACCAUGACGCAGCGUCCAGACCUAGUUGGCUCGCAUGAACCGACUCACCGUGUCGUCAAAAUUCGUGCUUUCAUCCCUGGACCUGUUUUACCGCUGCUCUUUGCAAGCGCAGAAGAUUCUUGGAAGAAAAUCGAGAUGUUUUGCAUGAACGCAGAAGGGGGACAACCCCGAUCGUUGGAAAAUUCAGAUGGGCCACCUUCAAGGCCAGCUUGUCGUUUUUGCCGGCGACCAUUCGAUCUUACAUUCUGGUACUGUGUCGACUGCCAUGAUGAUUUAUUCAUUUGCGACUCCUGUGAUUCUACCAUCGACCUCACCCUUGUCUAUGCGGACAAGAAAUUCGAUAAGCCAUACUCGUCGGACUGCCAAGAGGCUUCUCGCUAUGCGAGGCUUUUCAGUACCCGUCACUAUCAUAAGUCAACACACUCUAUCAUUCGUUGUCAAAUGGGGCCCAAAUCCGAAGACUUGCUUGUUGCCAUCCACGAUCGCGUAACCAAUCUAGAGACCACUAUCCACCGCCAAACUAAUCUCUAUGUUGUGGUCGGGUGGUUGCUUUUUGCCUUGGUAUUAGAAACUUUCUUCUUCAUGACAUGGGUGCAAAAAGUUUCUCUGUUUUCGAAUGUUUCUGUCAUCAUAGGCAGUUCCUUCGUGUAG